AUGCCGUCGCCUCGUCACGGCGGCUCUCUUCAACUAUUUUCGACCUUGACGGUUGCCCUGCGAUUGUUCACUCGCUUUGUGAUUGUUCGAACACCGGGUUGGGACGAUGCAUUGAUUGUUGCGGCAGUGGGAACAAACUAUGUCUUCUAUGCGUUUCUGAUCGUUGAACUUCAACACCACUUGGGAGAGAAAGAAGGUACAGCCAGCGAGUAUGAUAUACAGUGUCAGCUCAAGGCCCUCUGGGUCUCCAUCCCAUUCUAUAAUCUCACUCUUGCGCUGACCAAAAUCUCCUUGAUCAUACUGUAUAUGCGUCUCUUCGCGGCCACGAACAAACGCUUCCGCACCCUUCUCAUCGUCUUUCUUGUCUUCAUCAUCAUUGUCGGCCUAUGGAUCGUCCUCAGCAACUUCUUGAUAUGCAUCCCGGUCCGCGGGUUCUGGGACCGCUCCGUUCCAUCCACAUGUCUCUCCACCACGGUAGUCUGGUGUCUCAAUGCUGCGCUGCAGAUCGUGACGGAUAUAGUGGUCGUCACGACCCCGAUACCCACGCUCGCACGGCUACGUCUACCAGGCAGACAAAAGUUCGCCGUGAUAUUAAUGUUCGCCCUGGGUUUUUUCGUCUGCGCAAUGAGCAUCAUCCGCCUCGUUGCAAUCAUCCGACUCGUCAGCGGCCACGACUUCUCCGAGCGCAACGGCCCCGCAGCAACCUGGUCCUCGAUCGAAGCCAACAUCGCCAUCAUCUGCGCCUGCCUACCACCUCUCCGCCCGCUCCUCACCCGUAUCUCCCCGUGCCUGCUCUCCCCGCGCCCGCGCCCCCGCGGCACCCUCAGCCAGCGCGAAAAGGAGCCGCACUCCGCCUACUCGUUCAACCUUACUAACCCGUUCACUAUGACGAGCGGGAAUUACUCGGCUAGUGUCACGGGGAAUUGCUCGGUCAAUGGGGAUGAGAUGCUGGACACGGAGGGGAUCCAGGUUGUGAGGGAGCUGAGGUGGGAUUCGGAUGCUGCGCGGAGAAGGUCCGGGAGUACUGGGGAGAGGGAGAGGGAGAGUAAGAGGAAGCAAAGACAGGAUUCGGGGUUUGGGGGGUGA